AUGGAAUUUCUUCAGUUAUACGCAGUAGUGAUAAUCGCUUUAGCUACUUCCAGUGCUGUUUGGGUGCCGUCAACCGAGGCUGAUCACAUGAAACUUGUCCGAUGGAGUGACGCUGCAAUGGACUUUAUACAGAAACAAGACUGUACAAACAUGCUUAUUUCGAGUGAAAGUGAGUGCGAGAAGUUGAAGAAGAUACCUGCAUCCCAGAUGAAUUUUUAUAGCACAUCGUUUGGUAACACCGAGCAGUACAGAAGUGUGCUUCCCGAUGAAGGAUUGAGUCGUGGUGGUGAACAUGACGUUGUUCUUGCAUUGGAUCCGUAUCCUCGAGCAAAUUUUGGUCACCUAGUAGUUGUAUUUUACGUGGACUUGGAGCGAGCACCGACAAGAUGUUCGGGUCUCGAUUCAUUUUAUCUCGGAGAUGGGGAAUGUCUUCAACUGGCUCUGAAAAACCGUUGUCACAACGCCCUCCAUCGCAGUAUCGAGAGAGUAAACUUUCGAAAGAGAUGUGAAAUUAACUACCUGCCGUUAGUUAAUCUAAAAAAUGACGACACCAAGGUUCAAAAGUUAGAAUGCAGCAAUGACGUCACUGGGUUUGCACCAUGCCCCACAAUCCACCGAACUGACCUAGAAACGAACGACCUGAUGGACUGCGAGCUCACAAGUAAUUCAAGACGUUGCAUUGGUGGAAACCUACAACAGGUUCGUAGUCACUGCAAAAUAUGGGAGAUAUGUGACCAGGCCAUACUUAUUAGUGGCGGUUGGAGCAGUCAGACAAUGCGACCAUGGAGCGAAGGCAACACACGUCUUAUGUACAAUAUGUUGAGAAAUGAAGGGUUCAAGAAACAACGGAUAACAACUUUCUAUGCUGAUGGUAUUAUGGAUGAUCACCAGCCUGAAGACACAGACGAGCUGACAUCGAAUAAUUUCUACCCGGCGUCACAGAAGAUACCCAUACGCAAUUUGAUAACAGGAUUUUGCAAAUCCCCACGAUGCGUCGACACAUUGGUUAUUUACCUAAACAACCCAAUGACAAGUGACGGUAACAUGUUGUUAUGGGAUACCAACGGCAACGGAGUGGCAGAUGAAUCGGAGACGUAUUCCGUGCGUGAAUUGAUGUCAGAUUUGGAGGAUUGUGCAACCAGUCACGUUUACUUAAUAGCUGAUAUGAGCUUUGCUGGCGCCAUCAUCGACGAGUUGUCAGAUUCCCAACAACACGGCAACGUAGCGGUAUACGUUAGUAGCGAAAACAAUCAAUAUUCGUGGAGUGGAGAAUACACCAACUACUUGACAGGGUUAGACCACACCAGGCAAUGCAUGGGUAAAAUUGUUAAGGACAACUCUCGCCCAUCUAUGAUGUCAUCACCGGCAUUCUGGGAAGGUGCUCCGAAUUCUGCCAACACUACCAUAUAUGGCGCACCUUGUCACUUUGCGAGGUUUUUCACAACGCGGGAACUGCGGCGAGAGUACAUGGGCUGCCAAAAUCUGCCGACGGCCAUGUGGUUCAUCAAAUUUGCCCAAGUAGAUAGUCGAUGAGCCGAGUGACCUUUGUAGAGCCUAUAUAUACAAAUAUAUAUAUCUGCCAAUUUAUAAAUAUAUAAAUAGUACUUCUACUAUAGAAUGCAAGUUGAAUUAUACGUGGCAUAUAAUCCCGAAAUAAAGGUGGACGUUUCACGCGUAGAUUCCGGAGAAUAGCUUUGCUGGGUUCGCCCUUUCGUGGAAAUUUCGAAGCAGGACAUUUUCAUGUUGAGCGCAAGACGUGUUAGACUAUAUGUCAUGACGCCAGGUCACAGGGAGCGUGUCGGGAUUGUCGUGCUACUGGCUGACUCAUUUUCGUUGUGACUAGUUAAUAUAUUUCUUAGUAAUAUAUAAAUAUGUAAUUGUAGCUUGGCUCACUAAAAUCACGUGACUAAUGUAAAUUGUAAAUGUUUUAUGCCAAAGCAGUCAUUUUGAGAGAUUCUCAUGAUUCCGUCAAUUUUUUGUUUCCAUUUUGCCAUUGGAAUACAUUGACAAAGGAUGGGUUCAUGUGUGAUACAUAGUGCGGUAUUUCAUUGAAAGGUAGAAACACUUGCCACGCACUACUGGUGUAGUCAUCACAAUAGUAUACUUUCACGAGGACCAUUUAAUCUAUGAUGAUGUGGGAAGUCUUGAUGGACAGACACGCCCUCUAUCGGCAAUGUACUAUAAUUGAAAAAUUCAAGUCAUGUCUGUCGUUUUCUUGUAUAAAGUUUAUUGUAAUAUUAUUAUUAUUAUUUUUUCAAAUUUGCCUUUAGUAUUUGAAAACUCUGAACACUACACAUGCAAUAUGAGAUGCUUUGAAAUCAUUUUACUAUUGUACACAAUUCACGCAUGUAAGAUAACAAAUAAAGUAAUUCAAGUUUUCU